CCUACAGUUCCUGAAAUGUGGUCGUCAUUUUUGGACAUGCGUCUGUUCCUGCGCCGUCGCGCCUCGCCCCUGAAGCUGACAAUUUUGGGGGGGACGCUGUUCAUGGUGGUGCUGGUGGUGCUGCAGCGGGAUGUAGGCACCGGCGGGGGCACCCCCGAGCCCUGGUUCCGAGAACUGGCCAAUAGGAAGGAGCGGAUGUUGGACGUGGUCAUGGGUGCGGUCAACAACCUUCGCUUUCAGAUCGGUGCUCCCCAGCCCCCGUCCGCUGAGGAGCAGCCCACCCCUGACCGGGACUGCCCCCCUGGCUUCUACACCCAGGCCGAUCUUCGCCCCCACCUGGAGAGGCCCCCCCAGGACCCACAGGCCCAGGGGGCUGAUGGGAAGGCCUUCAGCAUGGACAAGCUGUCCCCUGCGGAGGAGAAGGAGAAGGCGGAAGGGAUGGCCCGGCACUGCUUCAACCAGUUUGCCAGCGACCGCAUCUCCCUGCACCGCAGCCUGGGGGAGGACACUCGCCCCCCUGAGUGCGUGGAGCGCAAAUUCCGCCGCUGCCCGCCUCUGCCCACCACCAGCGUCAUCAUCGUCUUCCACAACGAGGCGUGGUCCACACUCCUGCGCACCGUCUACAGCGUUCUGCACACCGCCCCCGCCUCCAUGCUCACCGAGAUCAUACUGGUGGAUGACGCAAGCACUGCAGAUCACCUGCAGGACCGGCUGGAGAAGCACGCGGCCACGCUGAAGGUGGUGCGGGUGGUGCGGCAGCCGGAGCGGAAGGGGCUCAUCACGGCCCGGAUGCUGGGCGCCAGCGUCGCCCGCGGGGAGGUGCUCACCUUCCUGGAUGCCCACUGUGAGUGUUUCCACGGCUGGCUGGAACCCCUCCUGGCGCGGAUUGUGGAAGAGCCCACCGCCGUAGUGAGUCCCGAUAUCACUACCAUCGACCUGAACAACUUCCUGUUCAACAAGCCGGUGGCCACGGCCCACGCACACAACCGCGGGAACUUCGACUGGAGCCUGACCUUCGGCUGGGAGGGCAUUCCUGACCACGAGAGGGCCCGCAGGAAAGACGAGACCUACCCUGUCAAGACUCCCACCUUUGCUGGAGGACUGUUUAGCAUCUCCAAGGCCUAUUUUGAGAAAAUUGGGACCUACGAUGACAAGAUGGAAAUUUGGGGAGGGGAGAACGUGGAGAUGUCUUUUAGGGUGUGGCAGUGCGGCGGCCAGCUGGAGAUCAUCCCGUGCUCGGUGGUCGGGCACGUCUUCCGCACCAAGAGCCCCCACACCUUCCCCAAGGGCACCGAGGUCAUCACCCGGAACCAGGUGCGUCUGGCCGAGGUCUGGAUGGAUGACUACAAGAAGAUCUUCUACCGCCGGAACAAGAACGCGGCCAUCAUGGCCCAAGAGAACAAGUACGGCGACAUAUCUGAGCGGGUGAAGCUAAGGGAGAGCCUGCACUGCAAGAACUUCACGUGGUACCUGGAGAACAUCUACCCAGAAGUCUUCGUUCCUGACCUCACCCCAGUCCUGUUUGGAGCGAUCAAGAACUCUGGUUCUCAGACCUGCCUGGAUGUAGGAGAGAACAACUCUGGAGGGAAACCCAUGAUUAUGUAUACAUGCCACAACAUGGGUGGCAACCAGUAUUUCGAGUACACGUCCCACCAGGAGCUGCGGCACAACAUCGGGAAGCAGCUGUGCCUGCAGGCGUGGGUGGAGCCGCUGCCCGUCACCGUGGAGCUUUGCCAGUUGAAGGGCCGCGGCACGCAGGUGGACCCCAGGCAGCGGUGGGAGUUCACCUCGGAGCAGCUCUUACGGAACCCGCCUUCCGGCAAGUGCCUGACCCUGAGAGAAGGCAAGGUCGUCAUGGCGCCCUGUAACCCAGCUGACAUCAGCCAGCACUGGGUCAUCAGCUGACCCCGCCCACCGGCGGCCCAGCCAGGAGAGACCCGCUUCGAAGGGCCCCUCCCACCGGACUCGAGCACAGCACGCUGCAGCCUCCCAAACAUUACAGGAACACACAGAGGGGCCGGUUUGAGAUCCCCUGCAUCGCGUAUCUGUGCGAAGGAGUCCUGGACCGACGGCUGUUUUAAAAUGUAUUUAGAGUGGGGACUUGCGGAGGGGGCGGGAAUGGUGGAGGAAUUCGGCUGGGAUCAAAAGAGCUGUGGACUACGCGUCCCCCUGAGACGGUCAGACGGAGAACUGCAGAAAGCCCUCUGGCUGAAACCUAGUGCCUUUUACACUCCAGUCCGUAAACUGGCUUUUAGUUUCGUGUCAAAUAUGUGUAUUUCAGAGAAGAUAAGAAAAGAAAAAAAUAUAUAUUUGUGAAAAUUUUUUUUGGCUAGGAUGAUCCACAUCCACUACAGCUUUUCUAUAUUUCUUGCCAAAGAAAUUUUUAAUUUAUUGAUAUUCUGUUUCGAUAUCCCUAUCAUUGAUUAUUGUUCGUGAUCAGAACACUUACCAGGCGGGGAUAAAACAAAGUGCUGGUUUUAUGGUCGGAUUUAAACAUUUAUGAGUUUAAAAAAAGGUAAUCGUGCACACAGCAUGGGAGUAGACCAAUUCCAUUUAUAACAUUGCAGGAGAGUACUUUUUAUUUUAUUUUUUAAUUUAUUUUGCAUACUCCCAGUCUCUGAAGUGGACAUUGAGUUUGGCCUGUCAUCUCAUUUGCAAAUAAUCUGAAUGGUAGCCGGUUAGUCUUCCACUGAAGCCCCAGAUUUUGACUCCCUGAAUUGUAUUUGAUUGCUCAUGUGAACUUCUCGAGAAAAUGAUGUGUUCCUCUUUGCAAAAUGGAGGCAAAACUGGACUUUGUGUCUUUUUACACUGCCCUGUGACAUAUUUGUACCAAUCAAAUGACUGCAAGCUAAGUGGAUUGAGCAGACCAACAUGCCUCCAGGUUUAUUUGUUUUUUUUCCCCACGUUGUACCGACUGAUAUUUAUACUCUAUGGAUCAGCUGAUAGACUGUGCUCUAUGAUUAAACUAAAUACCCCAGUUUGUUAUUAAUUAAAUUAAACAAACCCUUUGUUUCUUUAUGGAAGUAACUCAGUUGGGUGUGGCUUGUAUGGCAGCUCAACAAUGACACCUACAGUCAGGUCAGGUGACUUACAGUUGUAGCCAGAAGAUUUGAUACUGUAAUUAAUUGAUAUCAUGGUCCUUUUUUUUUUUUUUUUUUUUUUUUUUUUGAAUGGGACAAAUUAUCGCUGCAAUAAUUUUUAGACAUGAAUCCAUAUAUGUAUUUCAAUAAUAUGACACUGGGUGUACAUCCAGUGGUAUGAAUUUGAAUUAGAACACAGUUGCGUAUCAGCUAUGCUAUCAGGUAACCAACAGAUCCUUUCCUAGGCAGUGGUUUGAUCCUACGCCGUUAUGAAUGUAGCUGCGGCAAUUGGAAGCUCUCUCAAUGCUGGGUUGACUUCUAUGGGAGAGGGUUUAUUCAGUCAAAAGAAUGCAUGUCCAAUUUACUAUAAUCACUCACUGUGAUUCCCCUUUUCAAUCAUGAAUCAAUAUCAUUUGUUAGCAACUACAUUAUUUUGAAUUUGGAAAUUAUCUAUGCGUGGAUGCAAACAUGAAAUUCUGAGACAUGUAACUGAAAUCUGAAACUGCAAUGUUGUGUCUCCAGGGGUCACAGAUUAAUUUGGUAGUUUCAGUGAGGUUUAAUGCAAUUUUGAUAUCUUUCUGUUUCAUUAAAAUGAAUAAGCACAUAUGAACUUGUCUCAAUAAAAUAAUUUUAAUGUCCA